GGGAAUCAUGCCGAUGAUCACAUUUUCACUUGGYAUGAAGGCUUCUGCAUUAGCUGGUAAGCAGAACAGAGGCCUAGACAAGCACCGCUUGAUGAAGGCAAUGGACAGAUUGAUGGCGGAAAGAUACUCGCUGCACUUAUGUGAGGUAGGAUCUCUCCAUAUUUAUCUUAUCAACGACAUUUUUUCUAUCUUCUCCAGAGAGCGCUCUGCUCUAGAGGCUGYCAAGCUCGAGUUCGACAGAGCCGCAGCGGAGAAUCGGCGAUUGGAACUGCAAAAGUUUGCCGACGAGAGCACUAAGAAGUUCAGAGAAGCUACUCGACGUCCACUUGGAUGGGCUUCAACGUACACUUCUCAUCCAUCWGGAGGAGUGCGCAACAGUGGGUCGGUCACAGAUUCAAAACCACGGUCUCAAUCAACCUCCUCCUKCAAGAAGGCAAGGCAUGGUGGUAGCCGUGUCAUGGCAGUCCCGAGUGGGGUGCAGGCACCUGCAGUCGUCACGGGGGACAAGAAUGUGGCUCUUCCAGUCAUCAGACAGGCAGGAUUUCAAAUAGAUGUUGCUGCGGAGGAGCUUGUUCGCUUACUCCAUGACCUGGAAAGGGACGUUGAGGCCCUCAGUGAUCUGAUUUCCAGAGGGAGUUUGAGAGAAUCGACACCAGAAGACCGUUGUGCAAGGGCUCUCCUGAUAGAAACAGUGACGGAGAUGAUGGGAGGAAACGUCCCGUGGCACUUCGAGUGUGGACGCUACAAUACAUUUGAAGAAUUUCUUUCUGCUGCUGAUGGCACUCUACCUUCCACGUAUGAGUACCACUUCUGAUUACAGUGCUUAGUAAUACGCGCUGUCGCAAUUCUCCUCGGACCAGAUCGAUUUGUCUGUUAGAGCAAAAAAGGAAGGCAGGAUGGCAUACARGAUGAGUUSUCGUUGAAUUGGUUUCUUCUUGCKUUUUUUUCCCGCAAUUAUAYUGCUCCCUUCCGCUGUGUCAUUCUGCAGAAAUUCUGCCCACUGCAGCCAGAGACGCCGAGACCCAUCUAGUAGGGCGUCCGCCUGACCCUGGAACUUUGUGAUUU